GGCCUGGCGGGCUCGGAGGGAAAAGGAGAGCAGGGUGGCGACUUCUUCGGCUCCGCGGCGGUGCGCAGGCGCCGUGGCCCAACUGGGGACUUUGUUCUUCGCGGAGAGACCCAAGGGCGGUGCCGGUGACUUGCUGCGCACGCGCGACGCCUCAUUUCCGGUGCUCUUUCGCUGGGUCGCUCGGGUCGGUUUCGGUCGCCGUCGCUCCAGUCUCCUACCCCCGCCAACUGCCACUCGGGCCUCUGCCGCUGCCGCGUCUCUUCCUCGAUUCAUCGAUCGCACAUCCUCCCCAAUGCAGCGCCGGGACGACCCCGCCGCGCGCAUGAGCCGGUCCUCAGGCCGCAGCGGCUCCAUGGACCCCUCAGGUGCCCACCCUUCAGUGCGUCAGGCGCCGUCUCGGCAGCCGCCGAUGCCUCAUCGGUCCCGGGGAGGCGGAGGGGGGUCCCGGGGGGCCGCCCGGGCCUCGCCCGCCACGCAGCCGCCACCGCUGCUGCCGCCCUCCGCCACGGGUCCCGACACGACAGUGGGCGGUCCUGCUCCGACACCGCUGCUGCCCCCCUCGGCCACUGCCUCCGUCAAAAUGGAGCCGGAGAACAAGUACCUGCCCGAACUCAUGGCCGAGAAGGACUCGCUCGACCCGUCCUUCACUCACGCCAUGCAAUUGCUGACGGCAGAAAUUGAGAAGAUUCAGAAAGGACUUUCAAAAAAGGAUGAUGAGGAGAAUUACUUGGAUUUAUUUUCUCACAAGAACAUGAAGCUGAAGGAGCGAGUACUGAUUCCUGUCAAGCAGUAUCCCAAGUUUAAUUUUGUGGGGAAAAUCCUUGGACCACAAGGGAAUACCAUCAAAAGACUGCAAGAAGAGACUGGUGCAAAGAUCUCUGUGUUGGGAAAGGGCUCAAUGAGAGACAAAGCCAAGGAGGAAGAGCUGCGCAAAGGUGGAGACCCCAAAUAUGCCCACUUGAAUAUGGAUCUGCAUGUCUUCAUUGAAGUCUUUGGACCCCCCUGUGAGGCUUAUGCUCUUAUGGCCCAUGCUAUGGAGGAAGUCAAGAAGUUUCUAGUACCAGAUAUGAUGGAUGAUAUCUGCCAGGAGCAGUUUCUAGAGCUGUCCUACUUGAAUGGAGUACCAGAACCCUCUCGUGGACGUGGGGUGCCAGUGAGAGGCCGGGGAGCUGCACCACCUCCUCCACCUGUUCCCAGGGGCCGUGGUGUUGUACCCCCUCGGGGGGCUUUGGUGCGAGGUACACCAGUGAGAGGAGCCAUCACUAGAGGCGCCACCGUGACUCGAGGAGUGCCACCCCCACCUACUGUGAGGGGUGCUCCAACACCACGAGCACGGACAGCAGGCAUCCAGAGAAUACCUUUGCCUCCACCCCCUGCACCAGAAACAUAUGAAGAAUAUGGAUAUGAUGAUACAUAUGCAGAACAGAGUUACGAAGGCUAUGAAGGCUAUUACAGCCAGAGCCAAGGGGACUCAGAAUAUUAUGACUAUGGACAUGGGGAGGUUCAAGAUUCUUAUGAAGCUUAUGGCCAAGACGACUGGAAUGGGACCAGGCCGUCACUGAAGGCCCCUCCUGCUAGGCCGGUGAAGGGAGCAUACAGAGAGCACCCAUAUGGACGUUAUUAAAAACAAACAUGAGGGGAAAAUAUCAGUUAUGAGCAAAGUUGUUACUGAUUUCUUGUAUCUCCCAGGAUUCCUGUUGCUUUACCCACAACAGACAAGUAAUUGUCUAAGUGUUUUUCUUCGUGGUCCCCUUCUUCUCCCCACCUUACUCCAUUCUUAACUCUGCAUUCUGGCUUCUGUAUGUAGUAUUUUAAAAUGAGUUAAAAUAGAUUUAGGAAUAUUGAAUUAAUUUUUUAAGUGUGUAGAUGCUUUUUUUCUUUGUUGUUUAAAUAUAAACAAAUGUACCUUUUAUAAUAAAAAAAGAAGUUGAGUAAAAAAAAAAAACCACAAACCUGUUAGUUUCAAAAGUGACAUUGCUUGCUUAAAGGUUCUGAAGUUAAGGCUUGUUAACUUUAUCUUAGUUUUGAUUUGAGGCAUCCCGUAAAGUUGUAGUUGCAGAAUCCCAAACUAGGCUACAUUUCAAAAUUCAGGGCUGUUUAAGAUCUAAAAUCACAAACGUUAACUGCAGUAGGUGCCACCAUGUAAAAGUGAGCUCAGACGUCUCUAAAAAUGUUUCCUUUAAAAGCACAUGGCGGUUGAAUCUUAAGGUUAAAUUUUAAUAUGAAAGAUCCUCAUGAAUUAAAUAGUUGAUGCAAUUUUUAACGUUGAUUUAAAAAACAACAACAAAAUUAGGUUUGUAAAACUGACUUUUUCAUUAUGUGGGUUUUGAAAUCUAGCCCCAGACAUACAGUGUUGAGAGAUACUUAGCAGGGAGUGGGUUUUGAAGAGAUUGAUUGGGGGAGAGGGGCGGGCCACCUGAAUUGAAUUUGAUGCAGAGCUUUUUAGCCACAGUCUUUCAAUAAUAGUACUAAUAAUUAAGAUUUCAGUAUUUAUUUUAAAAAGACAAAGUAUUUUGUCCAUCUGAGAUUCUGCACUCCAUGAAAAGCUCACCUGGACACUGGAGCCAAAAGCUGAUGAUUUUCUUAAGUUGACAGUUGUCAAUAUGGAACUGUUCCCAAGAGAGUUAGUCAAGUAUGUCUCAACACUAGCAUGAUAUAAAAAGGGACACUGCAGCUGAAUGAAAAAGGAAUCAAAAUCCACUUUGUACAUAAGUUAAAGUCCUAAUUGGAUUUGUACCGUCCUCCCAUUUUGUUCUUGGAAGAUUAAAUGCUACAUGUGUAAGUCUGCCUAAAUAGGUAGCUUAAACUUAUGUCAAAAUGUCUGCAGCAGUUUGUCAAUAAAGUUUAGUCCUUUUUUAAUCAAAGUAAA